GCCGAGGAGGCAAAGGGGCUAAGGGAAAGAAAGGGGGGAGGUCCAGACGUGGGGAAGACUCAGAGGAUGAGGAGGAGGAUGAAGAUGAAGAAGAGGAGGAUGACGAGGAUGAAGAUUAUGGCAAAUCCAAGAAGAAAUCUAAAGAUCACCAUAAAGGAGGGAAGUCUGAUGCUGAUGGAAAGAAGAAGAAACACAAAAAGAAAGAGGAUGCUCCGCCGCUUCCGAUAAAGGAAAUCCCAAAGAAAGGUCUGAAGAACAUGUCCAGGAUGUUCAUGAAGUUCUCUGGUUUCAAGCGGCGCAGGAACAGCAGAAAGAAGCUGAAAAGUACAUCGCGCCUGUUCCUGGGGUUGGGGAAGAGAAAGAACCGACUUGCUAAGAAGAAACGCCGGAAGUCUAUGCUGAAGAACACCUCUCGAUUCAUGAUGAGGUUUAAGGCCAGCAAAAAGAGAAAAAAGGAGAAAGAGGCCAAAGAGAAAGCAGCAGCAAAUGGUGGGAAGAAGCCGACCUACAUGCUGCUUCGUCUGGGGGGAGGGAAGGAGGAGAAGAAAGGGGGCUUCUUCAAAGGCUUAUUUGGGAAAAAGGAUGGUGACGGGCCUACUGAUGACUUCAAGAACAGAAGUUUGUUGCUGGGUAAGGUUGCGGCGGCGACUAACUGGCUCACCAAACGUUUCCUGUCAACUAAAAUGCGAGGGAAGUCGGGACAACAUGGCUGGGCGGGCCGUAGAGGACACAGCCGGCAAGCCAGCUCCAGAGGUUAUCUCCAUGGUUACCAUAACGAUGGUUACGAACACGGGGAGGAUCCUUACGGGUACGACCAGCGACACUCAAGUCGCCAGAAAGGCUACGGAGGCUAUGACGAUGGUUAUGGCGGUUAUGUAGAUGAGGCAGCUGCAGCGUAUGGUGACCAGGGUCAGUUUGGUUACUAUGACAACGGAGCAGGGGGAGCAGACUAUCAAGACCUGGGUUACUAUGAAGAAGAGGGUCUCUAUAAUCCAAAUGCAGAAUAUUAUGAAGGUGGUGUUUAUGACGAGCGCAUGGGGGACUACUAUAAUCCUUACUCCGCUGCCCAAGGCUACUAUAACAACCAGGAAGCUGAUUACUAUGGUUACCAACAACAACAGGCAGCGGCAAUGUAUGGUGACGAGGGUCUUGACUACUAUGCUCUAAUGGGUGAGGACCACAUUUAUGCAGGAGAGGUAGAUGGAUUCCUUGAUCCUCAGGCUCAGGGUUAUUAUGAUGAAAAUGGUCAAGUAGUUUACUAUGGUGAUGGACAAGGGGGUUACUAUGACGACGGACAGGCAGGUUACUAUGAGAACCCCUAUGCAGCAACUAUGGGAAUGCAGGGGGGAUUUCCACCAGACUAUCAACUUAGCUAUAGUGAUGCUGGCAUGCCGUAUCAAGACUACAGCUCCCAGCAAGCAGUCGGAUUCCCACAAGGAGGCCAGCAGGUCCUCAGUUUUGGGGGGCAGGGAAUGGAUCAGGUGCAGGGUCUGUAUGGGGAACAGUUUGCAGACCAGAUGGAUCAAUAUGGGGGUGAUACUGGUGGACUUCAGGGAGGGGACAUGACAUUCCGAGUUCCUAGACCUCAAGUGCGCCUAUUUGGGAAAGAGCGUCUCGAUGUGCCCCUGCCCCCUCCACCUACUCUGCCACCUGAUCCAGAAUUUGAGGACAUGUCAGAAAUCCAGUAUGAAGACCAGAUUCCCCUUGUGCCAGGUCAGCCUGGUGACAUGAUGUCAUUACAGCCGCCCAUGGCAAUGUCGCCACAACAACAAAUGAUGAUGUCUCCUCAAGAACAAAUGAUGCACAAGCAGCAGAUGAUGUCUCCACAAGAGCAGAUGAUGUUGCAACAAGAGCAGAGUAUGUCCCCGCAGAUGAUGUCACCACAAAUGAUGUCACAGCAAAUGAUGCUGCCACAGCAACAGAUGAUGUCACCACAAGAACAGAUGAUGUCACAGCAAAUGAUGCUGCCACAGCAACAGAUGAUGUCACCACAAAUGAUUUCACCACAGAUGAUGACAGAUCCAAUGAUGAUGCCACAGCAACAGGGUUAUGGCCCACCAUCAAUCCCUACUCCAACUGCCAUGAUUAUUAAGCAAGCAGGCAUGUCCCCCCUUCCUGCGCGUCGUAUGCCACCUUCUCCGACUCCAUCCCGCCGCUCUGUCAUGAUGCCCUCACCACAGAUGCAACGCCAUCCCUCUGCCAUGGCUUCCCCAGUCCCAUCUCCUAUGCUUCCACAGAGACGAAGCCCCUCCCCGCAACCAUCCAUGAGGGGCGGGUUCAUUGGUGCCCAAAGACCCCCCUCUGUUAUGUCGAGACGCAUCUCACCUCCUUCCUCCCCCAUGGCGUCUCCCCUCGCCCGGCGUAGAAUGCAACCUCAGAGAUCACCGUCUCCCCUAACCCGAGGGCCCUCACCCCCCCACUCUCCCCGUGCUUCCAUGAUACGGCGAAGUCCUCCACCGUCACCAAGAGCAUCAAUGAGGCGGCGCUCUCCACCUUCCUCGCCCCGCGCUUCCAUGAGGAGGCGAAGUCCCCCACCGUCUCCCACUCCUGCUCGCAGCCCGUUUGGAGGGAGGAGGAUGGGGUCACCUUCCCCUCCCCUCCCCCCUGGUCAUGCAUCUCCCCCUCUCUCUCCACAGCUCAGUAGAAGACCGUCUCCCUCUCCUUCUCCAUCUCGUCGCAGUUUAUCCCCUGCAGGACCCCGUCCUGCCCCGUUGUCUCCUACUCUCUCUCGUCGCUCAACUCGACUGCUCAGGGACCCCACCCCCUUGGCUAGGCCUAGGAUGGGGGGAAAUGUUCCUUUAGGCACUGUCAGACCCUCCCCUAUGGGACUCCGAGGGCGCCCUGUGCCUCCACCCACCCAGAAUGUGCGUCCAUUCCGUACCGCCUCUAUAAGAAGCAACAGGUCCUCUGUUCUCACAGUGGACUCCUCCCUCCACUCUUCCCCUUUCCACUCCCCUCACAUGAUCCACCGUGCUCCCUUGGGGAGGAGAGAAUCUGGCCGAUUUCCUCCUCGCCCCAUAGCUCGAGGACGUCCCCUCAUGGCUCAGCAAUCCAUGAGAAGGAUGCCUCCUGCUUCUCCACAGCCCUCUCUGAAGCACAUGCCACAUCCUGCAUCCCCACGCCUCUCUCCAAGGCUCUCUCGUCAGUCCUCCCCCCACCUGCCUUCUCGAAUUGCCCAUCCACCCGUUUAUGCACCAGAGACAUAUGUGUCUGGCCCCCAUGCUGAUCCUUAUAUCGAGCAGAUUGUCGCUCCCUCUUCUCCCAUGUUAUCUGGUGCUUUGCAGAACCAGGCUAUCCGACAGGCCUCUUUCUCCUCACCCCUUGGCCCACAGGUGGUAGGCGUGAGUGAGAUGGCUCCUGAAUACAUAGAACCUUACAUUCCCUCAUCCCCUACGCUUUCUGGUGCAAUGCAAAACCAGGCCAUUCGGGAUGCAUCCAUGUUCCCUCACUGCAGGAGGCCAAUGUCACCUUAUGAGCAGCCUAUGCCCCCUUCGUCCCCCAUGCUGUCUGGGGCUCUACAGAAUCAGGCAGUGAGAGAAGCGUCCUAUGUGUCUCCUCUUCAAAGGCCUCAGUCUCCAUAUGCUCAGUCUGUACCUUCAUCUCCAAUGCUCUCUGGAGCUAUGAGACACGGUCAGGCACUAAGAGGCGUGGCUUCUUACCAGACUCCACAGCUCCGGUCACCAUACGGACCAACUGUUGUUACUCCAUAUGAUUAUAUCUCUGAGCCCGGCCCAGCGCCGCUGCUCCAUGACGCCCUGCAGAACCGAGCUGGUUUGCAGAACGUCUCGACUUUAAGAUCACCGAUGAUGCAGCGCCGUAAUCCUUACGCACCAGCUGGACCUCAGCUCCACAGUGCGUUACAACAGAACCCAAACCUGCGGCAAGCAUCUUAUCAGACACCUAUGCAACUCAGACGGCCCUCAUAUGGGCCCCCACCUCCCUCUUCACCAAGGUUGGGAAGCGCCCUGCAAAACCCGCAGGUGAUGCAGGCGUCGUACCGGCUGCCAGACGGAACCUUGGUGUCGCCAUAUGCAACUUCACGUUCCUCCCCUGUGCUCGGCCACGCCCUACAAAACCAACAAGUCCGUGGAGCCUCAUACACCUUGCCUGAUGGAUCAUUUAUCAGGGACCCACGUGUGCCCCAGAAACCCAUGUCCCCCAACCUAUCUAGAGCUCUUCAGAACCAGGAUCUCAAGUCUGCUUCAUAUACUCUCCCUGAUGGCACCAUUAUAGAUCCUAGACAGCAACAACCCAUUUCACCAAACCUGGCCAAAGCCCUGACCAACCCAGCUCUGCGCGCAGCCUCCUACUCUCUCCCUGAUGGCACCAUUGUGAUUGACCCCAACAAGCAGAAGUCCCCAAACCUGGCAGCAGCGCUUCAGAACCCUUACCUGAAAAGUGCAUCGUACACCCUGCCAGAUGGCACCAUCAUCAUUGAUCCGCGGAAACCUGUCUCUCCAAACCUGUCCAAUGCCCUUCAAAACAGUGCCCUGCGGGGCGCCUCCUUCACAUUACCGGAAGGGGUUCAAGACCCCAACACACCCAUAUCACCAAACCUGGCUAAGGCCCUCAGUAACCCAGCCUUGAAAGGAGCUUCAUACACCCUCCCAGAUGGAACUAUUAUAGUGGACCCAAGGAAACAAAAGAGCCCCACUCUAACAGCCGCCCUGCAGAACCCCUAUCUAAAGGGAGUGUCGUACACCCUGCCUGAUGGAACCAUCAUCAUUGACCCACGGAAACCAGUUACCCCUGACCUGUCUAAAGCUCUUUUGAAUGAGAACCUUCGUAAGGCAUCAUACCACCUCCCUGAUGGUUCCCUGGUUAUUCCUGGCCAGAAGCCAAACCUUGCAGGUGCUCUGAGACAAAACAAGGCUCUUCGUUCUACAGGUCUCUAUCACCUAUCAGACAGCUCAGUACUGUCAGGUGUACCUAAACCCACCACUCCCAACCUCUCCUCUGCACUGAGGAAUGAGGAACUCCGUGGUGUCACUUUCAGGCUGCCGGAUGGCUCUGUUCUCACACGUCGGUUCCAUAACCCCAGCCUGUCUGAUGCCAUCCAAAACCAGCAGCUUCGCUAUGCCUCAUACAGAGUGCCAACAGGCCUGCAGGGUGAGGAUAAUCGCUAUGCUGUGGUUCCUCCCUACGGGCCACGCUCAGGCCACUGGGCCAGGAAUGCCCAAGGAGGAGGAGGGGAGGGAGGGGAGGAUGUUUGGGCGGCUGAGAGGGUUUUACCGCAUGGAACAGUCCAGAAUCUGUCAAAGUGGUCCAUGUACAGAGAGGACGGGGUGUUAGAAGGAUACUCACCCACACCUCGAUUUGUAGAUGGACAGCUCAAGGACCCAGACUGGACUCCUGACAGAGACAGAGCACCUGGUCAAAGCUGGUAUGAUAAGAUCUUCUCUAUCCUAAGCACGCCCAUAACAGGCCACAGGGUGAAAAACUGGGCGGAGGGAAUGGAGGACAUGACACAGCUGCCUGAGCUGAAUGAGACCACAGUUCUGAUGAACCUGAAGAAGCGCUACGACCAGGAGCUCGUCUAUACCUACAUAGGCAGCAUCCUCGUGUCUGUGAAUCCCUACAAGUUGCUCAACAUGUACGGCACAGACAUGGUGCUCCAGUAUGAAGGCCGCAGCCUGAGUGACAACCCUCCUCAUCUUUUUGCCAUUGCUAAUCUCUCAUAUACCACCAUGAUGGAUGCCAAAAAGGACCAGUGUAUUGUGAUCAGUGGAGAAAGCGGAUCAGGAAAGACUGAGGCUACUAAACUGAUCCUGCGUUACCUGACAGCCAUACAUCACAAACGCAAUGUCACACAACAGAUAGAGAUCCUGGAGGCCACGCCCCUGUUGGAGUCUUUUGGGAAUGCCAAAACAGUGCGCAAUGACAACUCCUCGCGCUUUGGCAAAUACACACAGAUCUACAUGGAGGAGGGUGUAAUCAGCGGUGCCAUAACGUCUCAGUACCUGCUGGAGAAGUCCCGCAUUGUCUUUCAGGCCAAAUCAGAGAGGAACUACCACAUCUUCUAUGAGAUGUUGGCUGGUCUUCCUCCUCAUGAGAAGCGAUCACUGUAUCUGCAGGAGGCUGAGACUUACUACUAUUUGAAUCAGGGAGGCGACUGUACCAUAGAGGGGAAGGAUGACGGGGAGGACUUCAAGCGUCUGCUGAGUGCCAUGGACAUCCUGUGUUUCACCCCAGAGGAGCUAAACGGCAUCUAUAGAUUGUUGUCCUCUGUCCUUCAUCUGGGGAACGUUUACUUCCAGCCACACCAGGCUGAAGGUCAGGAGGUUGCGUCGGUGGUGAGCGCACAGGAGAUCAGGGUUGUGGCUGAGCUGCUGCAGGUCUCACCUGACGGCCUGCAGAAGUCUGUCACCUUCAAACUGACGGAUACAGUGCAGGAGAAGAUCUACACUCCGCUGACAGUGGAGAGUGCUGUGGAUGCCAGAGAUGCUGUUGCCAAGAUCCUGUAUUCGCUGCUGUUUAGUUGGCUGACAGAGCGCAUCAACGGACGGGUCUACCCUCGCAACGAAGCCCUCUCCAUCUCCAUACUGGACAUAUAUGGAUUUGAGGAGCUACAGGUGAACAGUUUUGAGCAGCUGUGCAUCAACUACGCCAAUGAAACUUUGCAGUUCUACUUUAACAGAGUCAUCUUCCAGGAGGAGCAGGAGGAGUACAUGCGGGAGCAGAUUGAGUGGCAGCAGCAGCCUUUCGGUCACAACCAGGCCUGUCUUGACCUCAUCGCUGCUAAGCCCCAUGGGAUACUGCGCAUACUGGACGACCAGUGCGGUUUCCCUCAGGCAACAGACCACACCUUCCUUCAGAAGUGCCACUAUCACCAUGGAAACAACCCGCUGUAUGCCAGGCCAAAGAUGCCACUGCCAGAGUUCACCCUGAAACACUACGCUGGGAAGGUCACUUAUCAGGUGCACAAAUUCUUGGAUAAGAACUUUGACAUGGUCCGCCAGGAUGUGUUGGACCUCUUCAUCCAGAGCAAGAACAGAAUGGUAUCCAGCCUCUUCUUGAAGCACUCAGAAUCGGUUUCUCAGCAGCGGUCUAACGCUCGACGCAGCAGUGCGGUGCGGCGUUACCAGGCCAACACGGUCAGCGCAAAGUUUCAGAGCAGCCUGCAGGAGCUGCUGGAGAAGAUGGAAAGGUGUAACCCUUAUUUUGUGCGAUGCAUCAAGCCAAACCAUCAUAAGGAGCCAGGGGUGUUUGACAUGGAGCUGGUCAACACUCAGCUGCAUUACUCUGGUAUCAUGGAGACCAUCCAUAUCAGGAAGGAUGGUUAUCCAAUCAGAUUGCACUUUCACAGCUUCCUGUCAAGGUAUAAAGCCCUGCUCUGCCUGAAGGAUCUUCCACCUGCAGACGGAGAAAACUGUGUCAUCAUGCUCCACAAACUCGGCCCGGCCAAGCCCGGCUCGUACCAGCUGGGAGUCAGUAAGAUUUUCCUGAAAGAGGAGUUGUAUCAGCAGUUGGAGGGGAAGCGUGACCGCGUGCUGAACAUCGCCGCCAUGACGCUGCAGAGAUACACUCGCAUGUGCUUUGUCCGAAAGAAUUUUGUGAAGUUCAGGCGCAGGAUAACCCUCUUUGAAGCUCGCUCCAGAGGCUACCUGGCCAGAAAAAAGUUGGCUCUGAGGAGGAAGUACCUCAUCGUGUUCCGCUCCGCCGUGCUGCUCAUCGUCAACCGCCAGCGGUACAUGAGGACAGUGGUGGAGCCUGCAAGGAAGGCGGAGGAGGAUCGCAUCAAUAGAGAGGUGGUGAAUGUGACAACACUGCCUAUCCCUGCUGAGCUGGCAGCCCUGCUUCAGGCGGCCUCAGGUGGUGAAGAGCUGCAUUCUGACUGCUUGGCUGUGGUCCAGGCUCCAAAGGUUCAGGUUGACCCUCAGCUGACCCUGCCCCUGGAUAUCAACAACUACCUCAUGACACACUACAUCCGGGCCAUAUUUAGGGAGCCGUUGUUCGGGAUGCUGACAGCCCCACUGGACAGUUCUCUGAUCAGACUGGAUGAGGAGCUAAAACAAGGAGCCCUGAACGUUUUCAUUCUGAUACUCAGGUUCAUGGGUGACCCUAACCUGAAUGGGGCUCAGGAGAAUCUCUUUGGGAACUACAUCAUCCAGAGAGGACUGGCCAAUCCCAGCCUCCGUGAUGAGAUCCUGGCUCAGGUAGCCAAUCAGGUUUGGAGGAAUCCUAAUGUUUUGAAUUCAGAACGAGGCUGGCUCCUGCUCUCCUCUUGUCUUUCUGCCUUCUUGCCCUCUCAACGACUGGCCAAGUAUCUGCUGAAGUUUGUUUCUGACUAUGGGCCGGAGGGCUACGACUGUGUGUGUCAGCACCGUCUGCUUCAGGCUCUGCAGCGGCUGAACGUGGGGCCAGAGUACGUCCGGACGUACCCGCCCUGUCUGCUGGAGUGGACCGCCAAUCGCAAGAGAGCUCACACUGUCCUGCACAUACACUGUUUCGAUGGUGAGACUUUCCUGUGUCCUCUACACUCCUGGACAACAGGAGAAGAGAUGGCCAAAGACAUCUUACAACACAGGGGUGUGGUGGAGGGGCGUCGAGGCUGGUCGGUGCUGCUGAAGGAGCCGGCUCAGUGGGUGGAGCUUGAGGGCUCAGACUACGUUCUGGACUUGAUGUCGGACCUGGAACUUCCUGCUGACUUCCCCAAACACAGCAGCUACUUCAUCAUCUCUGCACAGGAACCAACCAGAGUGCGGCCCAAUGCCAGCAUCAGCCUGUUGGGUGGCGGGUUUGAAAUAAAUGAUGACAUCAUAUCUCCGGCCAUACCUGGCUCUGAUGGACAAGACUUGGAGCCUCAGAGAGGGAUGGAUCGUUAUCUCGACAGCCUGUUUGACCCUGUUCUGUUGGACGGAGCUGGAGAAGGAGAAUCAGCUGCAGGACUCUCCAGCAGGAUGAAGGGAGCCGGGGGAGUUGGAGGAGGGUGGCAACAGCAGGGGCAGUCCACCGGCCCCCCACCUCCACCUGGAGCUGUGAGAGUCCUUCCUGUGGGAGGUGUGAUGUCGCCUCCUGUUGCUGCGGUGGCACCUGUAACACCUGAUGCCCAGCAGGCUGUUUUGACCACGCAGCAGCAGGCGAUCGUGAACCAGCAGGCCGUCAUGAUGGCCCAGCAGAUGACCAUGCAGGCCAUGGCCAUGGUCAGCAGCCCGGUGUCGAGCCCUCCCACCUCCCCGAUCACAAGCCCUCCCAUGAGUCCUCUGUUCCACCACCCUCCCAGCCCAUACGCCCCCGCCAGCCCCUACGCUGUCAUACCUCCAAGCCCGUAUGCUAACAUCCCGCCCAGCCCCUACGCCAACUUCACCCCCACUCCCUAUGCCGCAGCAAACAUCCCGCCAAGCCCCUAUCCUCCCUCUGCUCAGCAGGGACAAACUCCAUCACAGCCUCAAGCUGCUGCUGAGCCCCAGACUCAGCCUCAAGCUCAGUCUCAGCCUCAGGCCUCCCGCCCCAACCCCAAACCUCAGCCAAGCUCCGCUAAAACCGACAAAACUGAGCCAGGGCAGCCUGAAGCUAACCCCGCUGCACAGUCAGGUAAGGACAGCGUCCCUCGGAGGAAGGCUCCAGGCAUCCCUGUAAACAAGGACAAACCAGUCAAGAAGUUUGCCCCAGUGGUCACGUCUCCUCCGCCCCCUGCUGGAGAGGUGGUGAAGUACUCGGCUCGGACUUCAGAUCACGUCGUCCCCAGUCAAGAUAUCCAAGAAAUCAUCAAAAGAUACAACUCACCACCUCCACCGCCAGACCCGCUGCCUCCUGGCAAGAGGAGACCAGAGGGGAAGUUUAAGAAGAAGCAAACCCCUCGUGAUGAAGCUUUACAGAUCCUCAAACCCCAGAUGGACAACCCUCCUGCUCCACAGCCCAAACGUCCUGUUGCCCCUCCACCUUCUGCGUCUGCAGUCAAAGAGGUGGGAGUUAAACCCACCAAGAGCCCGAAGACGAGACCUGAUCGUCCUCUCCCCAUACCUCCGCCAGGUGCGCACACUCUUACUCCAAUUUCUCGAGAGCUCCCGGUAGAGACCGAGACCAUCCAGACACAGCUUCAUCAGAGCACCAACGAAGAGCACUACACCUACACCAACGUUCCCUGGAGACUCUACCUCAGGAAGGAGGUUUUCUAUCCCAAAGACAGCUUCAACAAUCCUGUGGUGUUAGACCUGAUUUUCAAACAGAUAGUGAAUGACACUCUGUCAGAGGCGUGUGUUCGCAUCACCCGGGAUGAAAGGCAGAAAAUGAAAGCUCUUUUCGCUAAACACAGCGUUGAACAGAAUAUGGAUCCAGUGGAGGAGCAUGUGAAGAAAACAGUUGUGACAGCAGCCAGGGAAACCUGGGAAAUAUACUUCUCCAGACUCUUCCCUGCCUCGGGUAGUGUAGGAACAGGUGUGCAGGUGCUAUCAGUGUCGCACAGUGGAAUCAAGCUGUUGAAGACUGUAAAAAGCAGCGCUGCAGCUCCAGACUACUUCAGAGUCCUACGACCGUACACCUAUGCAGACAUCUUGUUUGUAACCAUCCCAUCUGAGAACAUGCUGGAGUUCAACCUGACCAAUGAGAAGCUGAUCCUGUUCUCAGCCAAGGCACUGCAAGUCAAACACCUCAUUGACACCUUCAUCAGUGAGAUCAAAAGGGACUCAGACUAUGUGAUCGCUGAACGUAACUUUGUGACAGACGACCGCUCCAUGCUCAGUUUCCACAAGGGAGACAUCAUCAGGCUGCAGGUUAUGGAUGGGCUGGAGAAAGGCUACAGCUACGGCUGCGUGGUGAGGAAGAAGGUGGUGUUUUUGGAGGAGCUGAAGAGAGACACUCAGGACUUUGGUUGGAAGUUUGGCGCUGUGUUCGGCCGCUCCGGUGCGUUUCCGGCCGAGUGCGUCCAUCCUGUCGCUCCUCCUGACUUCCUGUCGCUGCCGCUGGACCGUAAGGCUGAAGCCUCGUGGAGGAGCGGGACAGUUUGCUGUGUCAUCAGCCGUCGCUGUUGCCGUGGCGUCCACCAUGGCUGCACACGAGAUAGAUCAAACAAUUGAGAAAGUUUCUCUUGAUGGCUUUGGUGAUGGAGAUCUGGAUGAGAGAGCGCUGCAGGACAGUAAAUAUGAC